UUUAUAAGUUAUAGGUGUAAUAUCUCCUCUGUCCUCUGGGGAGAGCCACGCGACGGCUGAACAAGAAGAGAACCAACGAAGAAGAAGUGCUAAGCCCAGUUAGCCAGUUAGCUUCCUCCGUCAUGGCGGAACUGAACCGACAGCUCCAGGAGUAUCUGGCCCAGUCCAAAGGCACCAAGACCAUCUCCCAGUCCGGCUCCAGCACCACGCUGGACCUGGGCGACCCGGAGCCGGUAUCCGGGAGCUGGUUCGGCCGCUGGUCCAGUCCGUGGUCCGGGUCUGGCCAAAGCUCCAGCGGAAGCAGCGGCUUUUCCUGGCCGUGGUCGGCCGAGCCGGACCCCUGCCUGCCGGGCAUGAGCCGGGGCCAGCGGCUGGUGGUCUUCGGGGUCUGCGCCUCCUUCUCCGCGCUGUGCUUCGGCCUCUCCGCGCUCUACGCCCCGCUGCUGCUGCUCUACGCCCGCAAGUUCGCCCUGCUGUGGUCGCUCGGUUCCCUGUUCGCCAUAGCGGCCGUGGGGGUCCUGCGGGGCCCCAGCAGACUGGCCGCCAGCCUGCCCACCUCCCCCGGAGCGGCCUUGUACCUGUGCGCCCUCGGAGGGACUCUGUAUGCGGCUCUGAGCCUCCACAGCACCGCGCUGACCGCGCUGGGUGCCGCCCUGCAGGUCGCCGUCAUCCUCGGCUCCGUGGUGUCGCUGCUGCCCGGAGGCAGCGCCGGGAUCCGGUUCAUGGGGGGGGUGGCGGCUUCCGCCAUCAAAAGGACCGUCACCGGGAAAACCAUGCCGAUCUGACCCGGACCGAGAGACUCACACUGGGCAGAGCUCAUAGACUGAGGCGGUCCCGGUCCAGGGGCCGGUCCAGGGGCCGGUCGGUCUCCGGGGCCCCUCCAGACCAGAUUCGAGUCCAUUCCUGAGGCUGGGGGCUAAUUAUCAUAUUGAUAACUUACUGUCCAGCUUCAAUAAAGUUUAAUGAGUGUUGUUGUUGUUAAUAAAGUUUGAAUGACUGUGACUGGUUGUCAUGACGACA